AUGGGCUGCGCUCCCAGCAUCCACGUCUCCCAGAGCGGCGUGAUCUACUGCCGGGACUCGGAUGAAUCCAACUCCCCGCACCAGACCACCACCAUCUCCCAGGGCACCGCGGCCACCCUGCACGGGCUCUUCAUCAAGACCGACGCGGCCGAGAGCAUCCCCUCCGUCCUCGCCUACCAGAGCCGACAAUCGCGCAAUAACUCGUUCCGAGGCGGCCGGGAGAACAACAGCAGCAGCGGAGGUGGAGGUGGAGGUGGAGGUGGAGGUGGAGGUGGGCACGUCCGCAUCGAGGCCGAGACGCAGACCAGCCACACCACAGUCAAGCAGGUUUCAUCUACAGAACAAUGUGUUGGACCUAUGAGACUGACCCAAGAGCCCAUCCAGGUCCUGCUGGUGUUCGCCAAAGAGGACAGCCAGAGCGAUGCCUUCUGGUGGGCCUGCGACCGCGCCGGCUUCAGGUGUAACAUCGCACGCACACCUGAGUCCGCCGUCGAGUGUUUCCUGGAGAAGCACCACGAGAUUAUAGUCAUCGACGCACGCCACUCGCGCUACUUUGAGCCCGAAGCUGUGUGCCGGUUGAUCCGUGCAACGAAGCCGUCAGAAAACACAGUUAUUCUCGCUGUCGUGCCACAAAAACCUGCUGACCAGGACGAGCCAUCUGUUCUUCCUCUCCUCUGUGCAGGAUUUAACAGAAGGUUUGUGGAGAACAGCAGUGUGUCGGCCUGCUACAAUGAGCUCAUACAGAUCGAGCAUGGAGAGGUGCGCUGCCAGUUCAAACUCAGGGCUUGUAACUCCGUCUUCACGGCUCUGGAGCACUGCCAAGAGGCCGUGGAGAUCACCAGUGAGGACCACAUCAUACAGUACGUGAACCCAGCGUUCGAGCGGAUGAUGGGCUACCACAAGGGGGAGUUGAUCGGGAAGGAACUGACCGAACUCCCCAAGAGCGACAAGAACAGAGCGGACCUGCUGGACACCAUCAACACCUGUAUUAAAAAAGGAAAGGAGUGGCAGGGCAUUUACUACGCCAGGAAGAAGUCCGGCGACAGCAUGCAGCAGCACGUGAAGAUAACACCUGUGAUCGGCCAAGGAGGGAAGAUCCGACAUUUCGUGGCCAUCAAGAGACCUCACAUAGACAACAAUAAUCAGGUUCACAAGUUCAACAAGGAGGAGCGAUGCAGCGGGGAACAUUCUCAGUCAGAGUGCCAUUCUCUACGUCACCGGGACCGGAGGAAAGACUCAAUCGAUGCCAGAUCGCUCAGCUCUCGCAGUAGUGACGCUCCAAGUUUACAGAAUAGAAGAUAUUCCUCCGUCGCCAGGAUUCACUCCAUGACCAUCGAGGCUCCCAUCACAAAGGUGAUAAACAUCAUCAACGCGGCCCAGGAGAGCAGUCCGGUGACGGUGGCCGAGGCCCUGGAUCGGGUUUUGGAGAUCCUGAGGACCACGGAGCUCUACUCCCCUCAGCUCGCCUCCAAAGAAGACGACCCCCACACCAACGACCUGGUCGGGGGGCUCAUGAGUGACGGGCUGCGGAGACUCUCUGGGAAUGAAUAUGUCUUCUGCAAAAAUAUGAGCCAGAGCCAGCUGGCCAUCCCCGUCACUCUGAAUGACGUCCCUCCAUCCAUCGCUGAGAUGCUGAACGAUGAGGAGUGCUGGGAGUUCAACAUCCUGGAGCUGGAGGCGGCGACACACAAGAGGCCGCUGACUUACCUCGGGCUGAAGAUCUUCGCAAGUUUCGGCGUGUGCGAGUUCCUGAACUGCUCGGACGCCACGCUGCGCUCCUGGCUGCAGCUCAUGGAGGCCAGCUACCACUCCUCCAACUCCUACCACAACUCCACCCAUGCUGCAGACGUGCUGCACGCCACCGCCUACUUCCUCCGCAAAGAGAGAGUCAAGAACAGUCUGGACCAGCUGGAUGAGGUAGCUGCUCUGAUAGCGGCCACUGUUCACGACGUGGAUCACCCUGGCAGGACCAACUCCUUCUUGUGUAACGCCGGCAGCGAGCUGGCCAUCCUCUACAACGACACGGCCGUGCUGGAGAGCCACCACGCCGCCCUCGCCUUCCAGCUCACGGUCCGAGACAGCAAGAGCAACAUCUUCAAGAACACAGACAGGAAUCAGUUUCGAACACUGCGACAGGCAAUCAUAGACAUGGUGCUGGCUACAGAGAUGACCAGACACUUUGAGCACGUCAGCAAGUUUGUCAACAGCAUCAACAAGCCAAUGGCCGCCAUAGAGGAGACCAGCACGAGUAGCGUGAACAGCGACUGUGACGGUCAGGCCAACAUCAGGAACUCUCCAGAGAACCGUCUGCUCAUCAAGAGGAUGUUGAUCAAGUGUGCAGAUGUGGCGAACCCCUGCAGACCGCUGGAGCUCUGCAUCGAGUGGGCCGGACGCAUCUCAGAGGAGUACUUUGCACAGACGGAUGAGGAGAAGAGACAAGGGCUGCCCGUGGUGAUGCCGGUGUUUGACAGGAACACCUGCAGCGUGCCCAAAUCUCAGAUCUCCUUCAUGGACUAUUUCAUCACUGACAUGUUUGACGCCUGGGAUGCCUUUGCCAGCCUGCCUGGUCUCAUGGAGCACCUGUCAGAGAACUACAAGUACUGGAAGGGCUUGGACGAGAUGAAGUGCAAGAGCCUGCGUCCUCCUCCUCCUUCUUGA